AUGGCAGGAAAGGGAGAAGCAAGAUUAAAGGCAAUAGUAGGUGUCACGAACAACCUUCUGAAUUCCCUCAACGAGGCCGGUAGGGAAGACAAUGAAAAUGCAACGCCAAGUAAUGAUGCACUUGCGACCAUCUUAAAGAAAAUGGAAGUGAUGGAAAAUGAGAACAAAACGCUCCGCGACCAGAUGAAAGAGCAUCAGGAAAGGGUGGAUAAAAUACCGGGCACUUCAAAGUUGCCACCAAAAUGCGACAUGGGCCGAUUCGUCGAACAACCAUACAGUGAAGGGGCGGCUCCCCACUCUAUUCCGAAAACCUUCAAAAUGCCGCCAUAUUUGAAAAUAUAUGAUGGCACCACGGACCCGGAAGAUCACUUAAUCCACUACGUUACUGCAGUAAAAGGCAACGAUAUAUCGAAACAACAUGUGCCAUCGGUGUUGCUGAAAAAGUUCGGCGAAACUCUGACAGAGGGAGCAUUGACGUGGUAUUCCCAACUUCCAGUACGAUCGAUAUCAACGUUCGAAGAAAUGGCAGAUAAGUUCGUCACCGCUCACGCGGGAGCGAAAAAGGCAGAGGCUAGGGUAAAUGACAUCUUCGCCGUCAGGCAGACGACAUGCGAGGGACUUCGGGAUUUCCUAGCUCGAUUCAACAGGGUAAGAAUGAGCCUACCAAACGUAUUAGAAGGGAUGACGGUAGCAGCCUUCCAAAAUGGGUUAAACAGAAACGGGUCAAAAGCAACCAAAAAGUUGCUAAGCAGACUCAUGAAGUACCCUCCCACCACGUGGGAAGAAAUUCAUAUGCCUAUUGCGCCGAAAAAUAGUGUAUGCACUAGAAAAGCUCGGCACAAAGGUGCAGUGGCCGCAAAAGAUGAAGUCAGAUCCGAGCACCCGGAGAUCGAACGUUCUGUGUGA